AUGUCCUUAACCACUGGUUUAGGUACCGGUUUAUUGGUGGCUUCUGGUGAUAAAUUGCGUAUGGCUGGUCCUGCUGGUGUCUUGAUUGCUUAUGCUAUAACGGGGUUAGCUAUGCUUGCACCAACAAUUUGUUCCGUCUCGGAAUUAUCGAUUGCCUACCCUGGUUUACCUGGUGGAUUCCAAUCCUACUAUUCCAAAUUUAUCGAUGACUCAAUAGGAUUUUCUUUAGGUUGGAGUUAUGCUUUCCAGUGGUGCU